UGGAGAGGUCAGAGUAGUAAACAGGCAGGUAAGGGUCAAACACAGUAGAAUAAUCAGGAAUCGCUCAGGAGAACACCCAGGAACUUGCUAAUAGAACCUAACAAUGGGCAAUUUGCUGAAGACUGAAUUCCCCUUUUAUACUGUUUGAAUUUCGAGCCAAUGCGCUGGCAUCAUCACGCCAGCGCGCCUUUAAAAAACGGACGCAUGUGGCGUGCGCGCCAUAGGGGAACCGGAACCAGGAAGGGACCCUGCUGUGCUGGACCCCGCUGCCCACUAGAUCACCAGGUAACUUCCUUACUCUUAAUGGAAAUAGUGAUGUAGCUAGAGAUCCAGUCUGAUUGGCAGAUUCCCCGGAGUCCCGCCCCCGCGGUUCUGAUCUUGUCUUUUUUGUGUUUCACCUGCAGGAAAGGAACCUUUGUGUCUCCACCCUCUGACUCCAGGGCCCCCCCCUUUCUGAUAUGAUUGGAGUUGCCAUGGAGAUUGGUUAUUGGUGUAUUUUUGCUGGGAAGGGUUAAUAUUUGUUACAGAUCAGUCUUGUGCCCCAUCUAGGUGUGGGGGCAGAUCUUACACCCCUAAGGGCAGGACACUGGGGUGGGACUAGGGGGCCCCAGAAAGUCCUCUGGUUCCUACAGUGGAAGAGAUGUACCUGAACUACAAUAAGAGAGGACCCCCAAAGUGUGGGCAACCCCCACUCAACCCCCCACAAACUGACCCAGAAAUGGCCGUGGGGUCCAAUGAGUCUGUAUGUUCCCCCAUUGUUAGGGGGCUUCACUUCUUUGUUGAGGCCAUUUAAUCUUCCAGAAAAUUUUACAGCCCAUUGCUAAGGUAAGUUUCCCUAUCAACCAGGGCACAGAUAAAAUCCAACCCCCCAAAUGCAAAGAAUAAAGAAGGGAUGGUUAUGGGCAGUUGUGUGAUGCUUCCCCUUUAAACAAGUCUGAGAAAGAUCCUCUGAUGUAAAUAAUUUAACUGACAAAUCCGAUAGGAAAUGGGAAACCAGGAUUGGGAAGAGGGAAAUAUGAGGAAGGGGAAGAGACAUUUCCAUUUUGCUUCUUUCACUUCCUGUGACUUUAACCCCUACACACACAGCUGAACCUCCCAGAGAUGAUGGGGUUAAUACUGCAGUCUCAGUGAUCUCUAUCUCACGUUUAUAUAGGGACAGUUUCCCUUUAUCUCUACUCUGAACCUUCUCAGUCCAGUUCUGCUCCAGAUUUACUUCUCAGCUGUGAGAGGCUCAAGGUGUUUAGGGCCCAGAGCAGCGUGAGAAUAAGGGGCGGGGCCUGAGGAGAAGAUUAAGUGAGAUUUGGUUUAUUUGCACAAACACAGAAAAUAAAGUAACCGGAUCAUGUGACUUCAAUGAUCGAAAACACCAGAACAAACAGGAAAUUCUGCUUUAUAAUUAAAUGAUCUGCAUCGAUGCGCCGUUAUUAUUCCUCUGUAUUUACUGUACUUACUGUAUUUACUGUACUUACUGUAUAUAGAACCAAUGUAUUUGCACCAGUCCUGUGUAUACUGUACUUAUUGUAUUUACUGUACUUACUGUAUAUAGAACCAAUGUAUUUGCACUAGUCCUGUGUAUACUGUACUUACUGUAUUUACUGUACUUAUUGUAGUUACUGUACUUACUGUAUAUAGAACCAAUGUAUUUGCACUAUUCCUGUGUAUACUGUACUUACUGUAUUUACUGUACUUACUGUAUAUAGAACCAAUGUAUUUGCACCAGUCCUGUGUAUACUGUACUUAUUGUAGUUACUGUACUUACUGUAUAUAGAACCAAUGUAUUUGCACCAGUCCUGUGUAUACUGUACUUAUUGUAUUUACUGUACUUACUGUAUAUAGAACCAAUGUAUUUGCACCAGUCCUGUGUAUACUGUACUUAUUGUAUUUACUGUACUUACUGUAUAUAGAACCAAUGUAUUUGCACCAGUCCUGUGUAUACUGUACUUACUGUAUUUACUGUACUUAUUGUAGUUACUGUACUUACUGUAUAUAGAACCAAUGUAUUUGCACCAGUCCUGUGUAUACUGUACUUACUGUAUUUACUGUACUUAUUGUAGUUACUGUACUUACUGUAUAUAGAACCAAUGUAUUUGCACCAGUCCUGUGUAUACUGUACUUACUGUAUUUACUGUACUUACUGUAUAUAGAACCAAUGUGUUUGCACCAGUCCUGUGUAUACUGUACUUACUGUAUUUACUGUACUUAUUGUAGUUACUGUACUUACUGUAUAUAGAACCAAUGUAUUUGCACCAGUCCUGUGUAUACUGUACUUACUGUAUUUACUGUACUUACUGUAUAUAGAACCAAUGUAUUUGCACUAGUCCUGUGUAUACUGUACUUACUGUAUUUACUGUACUUAUUGUAGUUACUGUACUUACUGUAUAUAGAACCAAUGUAUUUGCACCAGUCCUGUGUAUACUGUACUUAUUGUAUUUACUGUACUUACUGUAUAUAGAACCAAUGUAUUUGCACUAGUCCUGUGUAUACUGUACUUACUGUAUUUACUGUACUUAUUGUAGUUACUGUACUUACUGUAUAUAGAACCAAUGUAUUUGCACUAUUCCUGUGUAUACUGUACUUACUGUAUUUACUGUACUUACUGUAUAUAGAACCAAUGUAUUUGCACCAGUCCUGUGUAUACUGUACUUAUUGUAGUUACUGUACUUACUGUAUAUAGAACCAAUGUAUUUGCACCAGUCCUGUGUAUACUGUACUUAUUGUAUUUACUGUACUUACUGUAUAUAGAACCAAUGUAUUUGCACCAGUCCUGUGUAUACUGUACUUAUUGUAUUUACUGUACUUACUGUAUAUAGAACCAAUGUAUUUGCACCAGUCCUGUGUAUACUGUACUUACUGUAUUUACUGUACUUACUGUAUAUAGAACCAAUGUAUUUGCACUAGUCCUGUGUAUACUGUACUUACUGUAUUUACUGUACUUAUUGUAGUUACUGUACUUACUGUAUAUAGAACCAAUGUAUUUGCACCAGUCCUGUGUAUACUGUACUUACUGUAUAUAGAACCAAUGUAUUUGCACCAGUCCUGUGUAUACUGUACUUACUGUAUUUACUGUACUUACUGUAUAUAGAACCAAUGUAUUUGCACUAGUCCUGUGUAUACUGUACUUACUGUAUUUACUGUACUUAUUGUAGUUACUGUACUUAUUGUAUAUAGAACCAAUGUAUUUGCACUAUUCCUGUGUAUACUGUACUUACUGUAUUUACUGUACUUACUGUAUAUAGAACCAAUGUAUUUGCACCAGUCCUGUGUAUACUGUACUUAUUGUAGUUACUGUACUUACUGUAUAUAGAACCAAUGUAUUUGCACCAGUCCUGUGUAUACUGUACUUAUUGUAUUUACUGUACUUACUGUAUAUAGAACCAAUGUAUUUGCACCAGUCCUGUGUAUACUGUACUUACUGUAUUUACUGUACUUACUGUAUAUAGAACCAAUGUAUUUGCACCAGUCCUGUGUAUACUGUACUUAUUGUAUUUACUGUACUUACUGUAUAUAGAACCAAUGUAUUUGCACCAGUCCUGUGUAUACUGUACUUAUUGUAUUUACUGUACUUACUGUAUACUGAAGCAAUGAAUUAAUACCUCCUUUCCCUGCACAUAUAAUGUUCUCACAUUCUCACACUCACAUGUACCUGAUCUCCUGCACCUGUUCUUACCUGUGCCCCUCCCUCCCCGGUUCCGCCAGUCACAGUCAGAAUAUGAGAAGUUGUUGUUAGUAACCAGAUCCACUCGCACAGGAGAGACUCUGAGACAUCAGGCAGGGCACCAUCACCAGCACAAGGAAUGGCAUAGAGGCCCCACUCAUUACAAACACAACAAUCCAACAUGAGUUACUUUAAGGUUCUGCUGAGUGAUCUCACCCAGACUUGCCUGGAUUUAGAACAGAUAAAGGCUGAACACACCAAGGACCAUGAGCAGAUCUCCAGAUCCUUUGAAAGGACCCUGUUGUCCAUCCUGAAACAGGAGCAGACCAUCCUCACCCUGGUGGAAGAGGAGCACAGAAGGCUGAAAGAUCAGCUUUCAUCUGUACAGAAGGCCAACGAUCUCGCCUUACAGAAUGGGGUGUUUGAGAUCAAUACGAUGGUGCAUGAGAUCUCUACCAUUUCCACCCAGCUCAAGCAGAUGUUGGCCACCUCCAAUGACAGUGAUCCCGUGGUGAAGGAGAUCCAGAAGAGAGUGGCCACCAUAUUUGCUAGAAAGAAAAGCAUUAAUAUCAGGUUACAAAAGGCACACUUUACUCCUCAUCCCCUAGUGUCCUUAACCCUCGGAGAGAUAAACUGUGAGGGGCAGUCACUUGGCUUCUCCAUUCCUUGUCUCAAGCCCCAGGGGCAAACUCAAUCUGAUCUCAGUGGCUCAGCUCUGCUCCUCAAUGAAUCUCCUCCAUGGGAAGAGAUUUCCCAGAGCUCAGAUGACCCUGGAUGUGUCAGUGUAAAGAUCAUUUUAGGAGAUGACAGUGACCAGGAUUCUGUGUCCAUCACCAAAGGUCCAGAGAUGGGGGUUACAGUAAAGAAACAAGUAAACACUUCUCCAAGGGAACAAGCUAUCAAGGAAGCUAACAAUGGAGCACUGAGCCCUCGAACAGCCACAAAAAUCUGGAUUUCUGAUAUAAAGCAAAGUCCUUCUAGACAGAGCCGGCCAACUGGAAUACGAGGAGGUAAAGUUCAAAGAGUUCUCAGUGAGGGACAUAGUAUGACCCCGAAAUCUGAUUCUUGUACCACCACCCAUCUUCAUAAGGAGUCACAAGUCCUAAAAGGUUUAACCAUGGCUGUAACCAGCACUAGUGGAGAAACUAAUCUUACAAAUGCAAGCAGCACCAAAACACGGGACACAACAAAUGCCAAGGAGCUGCAGACCCCCCAACAUCCAAUGAACUCCCCAGCAGUUCCCAUAAAGAGUCAUACCCCUCUCAGCAGAACAGGCCAUCCAUUUGAAGGGAAGGUGGUUAGAAAACCUGGCAGUAAUUUAUUCAGAGUACCCAAAAUAAACCCUGACAAAAAUGGCCUUGAAUGUGCUCUACAAAGCUCCAGAACCACAAUCAGCAAAAAUGACCUCAACUCUUUUACCGAGCAAAAUGGCUACCUGCUGACCCAUGUACCUGAUCAUGAAACAAUGUUCAAGGCAACUGCAACAUAUGUGUGUGACAACAGCUCAGAUGAAGGUUUAGAAGAAGGACCCAGAGAAAGGGACCCCAAAACUUGCUGGGAAGAGGCCAUCAGAGUGAGUCAGGUACCAUCAGCUAAAAAGGAUAGCAAUGGUGAAGAUGAUGAUGAGAUCCACAGCAUGAGAUCCUAUCAGAAUACUCAAAACAAACCAUUUGGGUCAACCACAGAAACAACAUCUCCCCCUGAUGACAAUCACCUUCUUAGUGAGUGUCCUCCAAGACCACCAUCACCAGCAGAAAGUGUGCAAUCAUCGUACACUUUUAUUAUUGACUCUCCAAGAAGAAGAGAUGCCACUGAUGGUGCCCACAAACCUCGAUCAGUCUUCCGACUGGCAUCUAAAGACACCAGCAAAGGGCGCCCUGUUAUAAGGGCAACUGAUGCCUCAAGUCCAAACUGUGCUCAUGCUUUGAAACCAAAGCAGCAUAGGAGAGUCCAGUCUGCUGGAAGCCUUCCUGGGUCACUGCAUCAAGGAAUCAACAACAGGAACAGAAGAACAGUGCAAGGGACUUCAGUCCAGAAGAGUGUCCUAAGAUCAGCCUCCAUGCCGUAUAUAGAAAGACUUUCAAGGCAACGUAACUCUAGGACCCAUAGACCAUUAUCUGCAUCAGACAGGAGGGACUCCUCCUCUAGUGCCUCAAGCUGUUGGUCCAAUCCAAGAACCUUGGUCAGUUCUGCUCCCCCUGGUUCCAGUCGAGUAUAUGGAAGAAUCUCUCAAAACAGGGUGAAGUCAGCUCGAUCCUCUCGUGAGCGACUCACAUACAAGGUUGAUGGGUUCAGUAAAAGUGAGUCUAAUCUUGUAGACUGCCAAAGAGUCAAUGGAGAGAAGCCCAAAGGUCUCGUACGGCAGUUUGGCAAAUUUGGGUCUGGCCGAGCCGAGCUGAAUCUUCCUCAUGGUUUAUAUGCCACCAAAGCAGGUUCUCUUUAUGUGGUGGAUUAUGGGAACAGAAGGCUGCAAAUAAUGAACCCCCGGGGUAAAAUCCUGCAGCAAAUUGCCCUGGAGGCUAAGAAUUAUUUUGAUGUUGCCGUCAGCAACCGAGGCCUGGUAGCCUUGAGCAACUCAACUGAUCGCACCGUGGAAGUGUACAACAAGUAUGGCCGCCUGCUACAAGUCAUCUCCAAGAACUUUGGGGCCCCAAGGGGCAUCACUACCAGCUAUAAGGAUGAGUUCAUUGUAGCAGAUAUGAAGCUGGGAACCAUUUGUACCCUGAUUCUGCACCCCGUGACUGGCUGCCAGAAGGAAAGCACCAUCAUCCCUGGGUUCAACAAGCCCUACCUGGUGGCCUCCAACAGUCAAGGCCUACUGGCCAUCACAGAGAGGGGCUUGGAUGGGGGCUGCUGUGUCAAGGUGCUCGGGGAGGACUGUCAAAUCCUGAAAAUCCUGGGCCUCAAGGAAACUCCUGGCCCUAAACUCUGUAACCCAUGGGGGGUUUGUAUAGACAGUGAGGGAGGGGUGAUGGUAGCAGACUGGGGAAACACUCACUCUAUUGUCUAUUAUCCACCCAAACGGCCGGCAAAAGUGUUAGUAUCAGAGGGGCUCAGUAGUCCCAGAGGGUUGGCUUUGUGGCAAGACACUCAGCUUCUGGUAGCCGACAGCAUGCACAACUGUAUUAAAGUCUUUCAGUACCAGGACAUGUGACACCCAAAACCCAGCUGCUCCCACUUCAAUCUGGGCAGUUGUUUGAUGUAGAUUUACCCUCACUGUGCUGCUGAGUAUUUAAUAUUAAAUGAUAUUUAUUUCAUGGCCGGACUGUAGCCUGUGGGGUUGUGGAAUCAGUGUGUCUGGUUCUGGGGUGCAGAUCUGAUGUGGGAGUCAUGUCAGGAUUUGGGGGAUCAAUCAAGAAAGCCGGUAUGUUCUAUGAGAUAUGGACAAAGUACUGGGCCAUUCUGCAGGGUUUUCUUCCAAUACCUUGUUUUAACCCUUCCACUAAUGUUCUCUCAUUCUAGCUAUUGUUAAAGUGAUAGUGACACGAGUCCAGUGUCGGACUGGAACACCAGGGGCCCCACCCAAAUACCUUAGAUCAGGGGCGC